AUGCACAAGACUAUAAUGGCGGCGUCUCUCGUGAACUGGAAAAGCGUUACCGGCGACACGAGUUGCCAACAAGAGCGCUGCCUGGACGAGGUGGAGGGGGGGGGUCUGCUGAAGCAAUGCAUCUCCUCCACCCUGGGUUUUUCUGUGGGAUGGAGCAGCUCUUCUCGCAGUGACUACCGUGUCUUUGUACGGACGGUGCGGAAUGAGGCCGUGGAUGUGGAGUCUGUGCAGGGGGAGUGCGGCUUCUCCAUCGCGAGGGACGGUGCUGCGCUCCACUUCACCGCUGCUGGUGAUGCCUGCCACGUGCGCGUGGAGGACGGCAGGAGGAAGAUCCAGGUGGAGCUGCAGGAGAUGCGGCAGGGGCUGAAUGGACUCGUCUGGGCUUUCACCAUCGACUGCCCUGAGAACCUAAGAUCGGCGAGGGCUGGAGAGAUCGCCACGUGCUCUGGUCAGAGCAGGAACUUCCCAUGCAACUCUGUGCAGAGUGUCCCGAGCGCGGACGUCUGUGCACAGAGUGGCUGCUGCUACGACCCCACUCUACGCCGCUGCUUCUACAGUGAAGCUGUGUGCACCACAGAUGGGCGCUUUGUGGUGCCCGUGUCUCGGAACCUAACGUCUCCGCCGCUGGACCUGAGCACCGUGCACCUGACUGGCGGUAGCAGUGCGCAGUGCAGCCCCGUGCUGGUGUCUGCAGACCUUGCAGUCUUUGACGUACCCAUGGCAGCGUGUGGUGCCACUGUGCAGUGGAGUGGGCAGGAGCUCGUGUACGAGUUAAUGUUGGUCUCCGAGCGGGAGCUCUGCGUUGAUGGAAGCGUCGCCAUCACCAAGUCGUCCACAUACAAGAUGGUUCUUCAAUGCCGCUUCCUUGGAAGUGGAGACCUGCAGCUUGGAGUGCAGGUGAGCACUCUUCCACCGCCACCUCCAGCCACGGCCACUGGGCCCCUCUCCCUGCUGCUCCAGGUCUUCACUGACAACUCCUACACCACGCCGUACCAGCCCUGGCAGUACCCGCUGGUAACGCUUCUGGGAACGCCGCUCUACGUGCAGGCGUCACUGCUGCACCGCUCUGACCCCACGCUGGUGCUCUUCCUGAAGGACUGCUGGGCCACGCCCACGACAGAUGCCACCGACCCCACGCAGUGGAAGCUUGUGGUGGAUGGUGUGUUCUUCCCUGGUGUUGCUGACCUGCCACUGCCUUCUCACUACAAGCGUCUGGCACUCCAGGCCUUCGCCUUCAUGAACUCUGACCGCAGCACCACCCGUGACCUCGUUUACCUGCACUGCUCUAUCGUGGUGUGCGACAGCUCCAGCCCCAACUUCCUCACCGAGUGCAAUCGGCAGUGUGGACAGACCAGGCGCUACAGUGAGCAGCACCACCGCGACCUAUUGAAUAUUGUGCUUGUUUACCCAAAAGCCUCGCAAAAGCGCAACGCCAUCUCUGACGCUUCCAGCGUGGUAGGAAAGCACGUGGUGUCGCUGCAGGGCCCCGUGCUCUUUGAAGAAGCUCCUGUUAACGACGCUGCUCUGCUGUUGCUGGAGGCUCCCUCUUCAUCGUGGGCCUCGGCUGGGACUCUGUCCUUCUCCUCGUCAUUGCCACAGCCGUCAUUGCUCUCCUGUCUGCUGCCAUUGCCGUCAGGAGGCGCAGGAGCCGGGCUGUGGCGCUCGACGGGAGUGGCUAUUGAUGACUACUUGUGA